UUUUAAAGACUGCUUAGCAGCAGCAGCAGCCUCCUCAUUACCAUCAAUUCCGACAUGAGCUGGAACACAUAAAAAGCUAACUGUGACGUCUUUCUUACUCAUCUUCCGCAAGGACACUAAUAUCUUAUCUAAUAUGUCUUGUCUCAGAUACGCCCGAGUUAAUACCAGAGAGGUCCGACGAAUUAUCAGAACAAAUUAAUCCCAUAGUAACCUUAUUUUCCUUCACCCACUGCAAAGCUAGUAGUAUUGCAACUUCGGGGGUCCUCGGUUUGUUAAGCCGGCGUCUCCCAGUUGGGCGACUGAGUGUCUGUGAUUGGUUGACAAGCUCUCAAUGCUAACUCCCUGGUGCUACAGAGGAGCUGGUGGGCACGACACUGUGGAGUAAUUUAAGUAAAAUGGCGUUGUCUCAAGGAACAAAGAAAAAAGUUUGCUACUAUUAUGACGGUGAUGUGGGGAACUAUUACUAUGGCCAGGGUCAUCCCAUGAAGCCCCACAGGAUCCGCAUGACACACAACCUCCUUCUCAACUAUGGACUCUACAGGAAAAUGGAGAUCUAUAGACCACACAAAGCCAAUAGUGAAGAGAUGACAAAGUACCAUAGUGAUGACUACAUUAGGUUCCUGAGGUCUAUCCGACCAGACAACAUGUCGGAGUACAGCAAACAGAUGCAGAGAUUUAAUGUCGGAGAGGACUGUCCAGUGUUCGACGGUCUGUUUGAGUUUUGCCAGCUCUCAGCAGGUGGCUCUGUCGCUGGAGCAGUGAAGUUGAACAAGCAGCAGACCGACAUUGCCAUCAACUGGGCAGGUGGACUCCACCACGCCAAGAAGUCUGAGGCCUCUGGUUUCUGCUACGUCAACGACAUUGUCCUUGCCAUACUUGAACUGCUUAAGUACCACCAGAGGGUGUUGUACAUAGACAUUGACAUCCACCAUGGUGAUGGAGUGGAGGAGGCCUUCUACACCACAGACAGGGUCAUGACCGUCUCUUUCCACAAGUAUGGGGAGUACUUCCCUGGCACAGGAGACCUGAGGGACAUUGGAGCUGGAAAAGGCAAAUACUAUGCAGUAAAUUACCCGCUUAGAGACGGCAUUGAUGACGAUUCCUAUGAAGCCAUCUUCAAACCUAUCAUGGCCAAAGUCAUGGAGAUGUACCAGCCAAGUGCAGUGGUACUCCAGUGUGGGGCUGACUCUCUCUCUGGAGACAGACUAGGCUGUUUCAACGUCACCAUCAAAGGUCACGCCAAAUGUGUGGAGUACAUCAAAGGUUUCAACCUGCCCCUGCUGAUGCUGGGCGGCGGAGGCUACACCAUUCGUAAUGUUGCCCGUUGCUGGACCUUUGAAACAGCUGUCGCCCUGGACUGCUCCAUCCCCAACGAGCUGCCCUACAAUGAUUACUUUGAAUACUUUGGGCCUGACUUCAAGCUGCACAUCAGUCCAUCCAACAUGACCAACCAGAACACGAAUGAGUACCUGGAGAAGAUCAAGCAAAGAUUGUUUGAAAAUCUCCGUAUGCUGCCACAUGCCCCCGGUGUUCAGAUGCAGGCAAUCCCUGAGGAUGCUCCCCACCCACACAGCGGAGAUGAGGAUGAAGAAGACCCAGACAAACGCAUCUCCAUCCGGGCCCAUGACAAGAGGAUAGCCUGUGAAGAGGAAUUCUCCGACUCUGAGGAUGAAGCAGAGGGGCAGGGAGGAGGCCGCAGGAACGAAGGCAACCACGUGAAGAAGGAGGAAGAGAAAGAAGGAGAGGAAAAGAAAGAAGUGAAAGAGGAAGAGAAGGAGGAAGAGAAGAUGGACACAUCAGGACCAAAAGAGGAGGUGAAGACUACUUGAAGCCUGGUACAGGUCAAAUGGAAGGUUGUACUGUUGUCCUCAGGCCCCACUGAUUCCUGCAUUCUCCUACCGCGGUGAAAAGACCUUUUUUUUGUAUUCCUUUUUUAUUAUAUGUUCUUACAGGCAAACCUGGUUUACACUGUUACUUAGAUUAGUCUCCAAGCUCUGUGAAGCACCCGUUGGGUGGGUGUUAAUCAGAAAUUUAACUAGCCACAUCCGAUUAUUUGAUUACUGAUAAAAGCAUAAAUUUCUGAUUGGAACUUUGCCCCCGUCCCUGCCCCCACCCCAUGUCUAACUGUUGUGUGGACCAGGUCUGCUUUAAUGUGCAGAAAACCACCCGGAGUGGUGGUGGUGGUCCUAUCAUGGUGUUCCAGAUUUAAACAUGUUUGUGGGGCUCAAGCUAAAAUACCUGCAGAGAUGUAGAUUCAUAAUUCUAGAAUUGAUAUGCAAAAAGACUUUGUUUUAUCUAUUUAUGAUACUGUUAAAAUAAGCAGGAUUUGGCAAACAUCUGUCUUGCUGUAUUAGUUGAUCAGUUUGUGCAUGUAUAGAAUGAUGUCACCUUCAGCAUGUGCCUCUUACUCUCCCUCUGCCUAGUCACUCACCACUAUUCAGGCAGUCCCACUUCUACUUGGCAAGUUAUUUUAAAUCAUGAAUGCAGUCAGUCCCUUUGGCCUGUUUUCUUGGUCCAUGUUUUAUCUUUGAUUUUUGCGUCCUGUAUUGUUUGGAUGUUAACGUGCGAGUGAGUGUGACUCUCCAGUGUUGUCGGGCAGCAAGUGACUUGUUUUUGUACUAUUUUACAUAAAAGUGGAGUGAGUUGAUACAUGGCCCUUUACAUGUGAUUGUUUGGAGUUGUAUCCUUGUGAAAUGUGCAUUAUCCUAACUUUGUGAUUAAAAAAAAUUAAAUGGA